AUGAGACCCGAACUGCGGCCAGACUUUGGGCCAGACGGCAUGUUGGGACUUCAAUGGUGUGCAGGCAGCGAGCCACAAAAGCUCACACCAGAUGCAGACUAUAUGAACUUUGACAACAUUCUAUGGGCUCUCUUGGUGGUGUUUCAAUGCAUGACGAUGGAAGGCUGGACAGACAUCAUGUACAGAGUACAGGAUAGCUAUGACUUCAUCGCUGCAACUGUGUACUUCUUUCUUCUCAUUCCACUCACCUCUUUCUUCCUGCUGAACGUGGCCUUGGCCGUGGUUGAUGAGGCUCGAGACGACUUCGAGAAGAAAGAGGAGGCAAAGCUUGAGGAUGACGAUGAUAAUACAACGCAGGAAGAAGCGCUGCAGAAGUCAUUGCUGGGUGAGGAUGAUCAGGACAUUGAUGACCAGCCAGCUUGGUUUGACUGCGCUCUGGUGCACACCUGCCGUCAGAUUGCAUUCAGUGAUUGGUUCAUGAACAUCAUUAUGCUUUUCAUCGUGAGCAACGUGAUAACUAUGAUGAUGGAGAGUUUUCCACCACCAAGGGGUCAGCAGGACGUUUUGGACGCCUUAGAAAUGACCUUCUUGGUAGCUUUUUGCGUGGAGAUGGCAGUGCUGCUGAUGGCACUAGGCACGUCAUUUUCAAGGAAGUUAUAG